GAUAAUCAACAUUCAAGUAGAUCGUCUUAAAAAACGCUCUGUCCUUUCCAUCCCGUCAGAUGAUGAAGGGUUGUGUUGCGCAAAAGCAAUCGUAUAUGCCCUAGCUUAUCUUGAGCAAGACAAGUCAGCGCUUAAUUCUCUACGGGAUCGGAGACGAUCUGUUCUAAUGCUACGAGCUCAAGAAUUACACAAGUGUGCUGGAGUUCCUCUUGGUCCUUGUACAUACACUGAAAUCUGCACAUUUGAAAAUCAUCUAAAUAUACAAAUCGUAGUAAUAAGCAGUGAAAAUUUAAAUAAAGUCUCGUAUAAAGGAAGAUAUCGAACUCGUCGCAUUAAUUUGUGGCAACACAAUGGCCAUUUUGAUGUCAUUACAAAUUUACACGGUUUUUAUGGUUCGAAAAACUAUUGCGAAAAUUGUGAAAAGCCAUAUGACCGUCCAGAAGAUCACAGGUGUGACAAUAUGUGCCAUGUCUGCCUAAGAUUUCAAUGCGUUCCAGCAUUGCCUAAAAGAUGUAAAGAUUGUGAUCGCCUCUGUCAAUCUGAGGACUGCUUUGCAGCGCAUAAAGCCGUCACAGGUAGACAAGAGCAUUCAGUAUGCGAUAGGAUGUAUCAGUGCAGACAAUGCUCAAAAGUUAUCAUGCGACGGCAGUGUCCUAAAAUUUUACAUCGUUGCGGGACUAUCAAAUGCCCUUCGUGUAAAGAGUAUGUUAUAGCGUCAGAACAUCAUUGUUUCUUACAACUCAUUUCUGCGAAAAGUCCAUCCGAUAAAUUAAUUUUCUUUGAUUUCGAAACUGACCAAUCAUCAGGGGAACACAUCGUAAACUUUGCUGUAGCGCAGUACAAAGAUGGCCAAGAGAAAAUAUUUAAAGGAUACGAAGCAUGUCAUGAAUUCUGCUCUUGGCUGUUUACAACAGUGCACAAAAAUUACACUGUUAUUGCACACAAUAUGAAGGGAUUUGACGGUCAGUUUAUAAUGGCAUGGCUUUUAGAACAGGGUACGGCACCUGAAGUAAUCCCUAAUGGCUCUAAAGUGAUGGUAAUCACCCAUACCGCCCUCAACAUAAAACUUAUUGAUUCUUUUAAUUUCCUGCCGAUGGCUCUCUCAAAGCUGCCUGCUUGUUUCGGCCUUACAGAACUAAAAAAAGGAUAUUUUCCGCACCUUUUCAACAAGAAAGAAAAUCAAAAUUAUGUGGGAUUUUUACCUGAGCCUAAGUACUACAAUCCUGAUUGUAUGACUAGUGCGGUGCGAACCUCCUUUUUGGAAUGGCAUAAAGAACACGAGAAGGAUGUAUUUGAUUUCCAAGAAGAAAUUCUCACGUAUUGCCGGUUUGUAUCAACAAUCUAUUUCUAA